AUGCGCAUCUUCAAAGGGUGGGCUCUGGACAUCCUCAAGACCUCUCCGCUUAUUGCUCGUCACCUGGAAGCCCAGAUAUCGAUGCUCGCAGUUACGAUGGUAUGCGGACGCAUAUCGUCUACCGCGCGGUUUAAUGAAAUCGGUGUCCAACAGCUAAGCAGCCAUGUUCAUUCUCAAAUUUUUCGAAGGAAAUGUAUUCCAUCGAAUCCGGAGUUGGUUAAACUUUCGAAGGACCAUCUUUCGCGACAUGAUCUGCUUGGUAAAACUCAAGAAGGUUCAAAUCCGAUCGCAUUUGACAUUCCUCCCUUGACAGGACAUACGAUGGAUGAGCAUUUUUACAAAUUGGGAAUGGAUUCUUCGGAGCCUUACCUUACCAACGCCAAACAGUAUGCAAGAAUUGAUCUUCCACCUGUACCAAAAAAAUGGAUUCGAAGGAGUGGGUGGACAAAAUACAACCGUGACGGAACAACCGAAACAGUUGACGCGCCCAUCGAAGAGAUGUUAACUUUUGAUACUGAAGUAAUGUGGAAAGAGUCUUCUUUUGCAGUCAUGGCAUGUGCGGCAAGUCCAACUGCAUGGUAUGCCUGGUUGUCGCCUUACCUUCUCGGCGAAACAAAAAAUGAACGACAGCUUAUUCCCCUCGGGUCCCCGUCUCACCCUAGAAUUAUUGUAGGUCACAAUGUUGGGUACGAUCGCGCAAGGAUUUUGGAGGAAUAUAGUAUUGAACAAACCCGGAACUUCUUUCUCGACACUAUGUCCCUGCACGUCGCUGUUAACGGAAUGUGCUCUCAACAACGGCCCACCUGGAUGCGACUCAAGAAAAAACGCGACCUAAGGGAUAAACUCAUGAGGGGUAAUAACUCUGUUGAGCUUGCUGCACUUGCUGAAGAUAACCUUAUUCCGGAAGAAGAAGAGGAACUCUGGGUUGGCAGGAGCUCAAUCAAUUCGUUACGCGACGUUGCCAAGUUUCAUUGCAAUAUCACAAUAGAUAAAUCUCAACGGGAUUACUUCAGUGAACUCGAUCGCUCAGCGGUUCUGGAACAUCUUGAUGAACUUAUUGAUUACUGCGCAGCUGAUGUCUCUAUUACUCAUCGUGUUUACAAAAGAGUUUUUCCUACCUUCUUGGAGGUGUGCCCACAUCCGGUUAGUUUUGGCGCGUUGAGACACCUGUCUUCUGUCAUUUUGCCGGUAAACAACACCUGGGACGAAUACCUCAAGAAUGCGGAGGAAACCUAUCAACGUCUUCUGGAAGAUGUACGAAAACGGUUAUUGGAGCUUUGCGACAGGGCUGUAGCCGUGAAGGAUAAACCUGAAAUAUAUGAGAAAGAUCCCUGGUUACGGCAGUUGGACUGGUCUGGACAAGAAAUUAGGAUGGUUAAAGGAAAGAAAAAAGGGGACCCUGUCAGACCGGCUGCCAGGCAAAAAUUGCCUGGAAUGCCGAAAUGGUACAAGGGCCUCUUUCCUACAAGCACUUCUGCUAUUAAUCUGAGUGUUCGCACCCGCUUAGCACCAAUUCUCCUAAAACUCUCUUGGCUUGGAUAUCCCCUGUUUUGGUCAGAUGUGUAUGGGUGGACAUUCCAGGUUCCUAAAAAGGAAUUGAAGAAAUUCGAGAACCAAGCGGUUAAUCCGUGUAACAUGGCAGUAGAGAAGAAUCUACUCCUUAAAGACGAUAAAGAGCAUGUCUAUUUUAAACUACCGCAUAAGGAUGGACCCGAAUCUCGCUGCGUGAAUCCGCUUGCAAAAGGCUAUCUGCAGUAUUUUGAAGGUGGGAGACUGUCAUCCCAAUUCGAUUUGGCUAAGGAGGCUCUGGAAAUGAAUGCAUCGUGUUCUUACUGGAUUAGCGCAAGGGAUCGAAUUACAAGCCAGAUGGUCGUUUACCAAAAUGAUAUUGAAAAGCUUACUGAGCGAUCAUUGUCGGACCCGUCGUUGAAGCAGGGCUUCAUUUUACCACAAGUUAUUCCCAUGGGAACUAUUACCCGGCGUGCAGUGGAGAACACCUGGCUAACUGCGAGUAACGCAAAAGCUAACCGGGUAGGAUCCGAACUUAAAGCUAUGGUUAGAGCACCUCCGGGUUAUGUGUUUGUGGGAGCCGACGUGGAUUCUGAAGAGCUGUGGAUUGCCAGUCUUGUGGGAGAUGCGCAAUUUCAAAUUCAUGGAGGAAACGCGAUCGGAUUCAUGACUCUCGAAGGCACAAAGGCGGCUGGCACAGACUUACAUUCAAAAACAGCGAAAAUCCUGGGAAUAUCUCGGAAUGAUGCCAAAGUUUUUAAUUAUGGCCGUAUCUACGGAGCGGGUCUCAAAUUUGCAGCUACCCUUCUUCGCCAAUUCAACCCAUCGAUGCCUGAACAGCAGACAAAACAGGUUGCCGCUAAGCUUUAUGAAGAAACUAAAGGCACUAGAACCAACCGAAAAAUAUUUAGCAAUCGGCCAUUUUGGAGAGGGGGCACUGAGUCGUUUGUUUUCAAUAAACUUGAAGAGUUCGCAGAACAGGAAAGGCCUAGAACGCCCGUUCUGGGAGCGGGUAUUACCGAGGCUUUGAUGCGCCGUUUCAUCAACAAGGGUAGUUUUAUGACAUCGCGGAUAAACUGGGCAAUUCAAUCGUCUGGCGUUGACUACCUGCACCUACUAAUCAUCUCGAUGGACUUCCUUAUCCGACGAUUUAACUUGGAUGCCCGCCUUGCAAUCACGGUACACGAUGAGAUCAGGUAUUUGGUCAGAGACCAUGACAAGUACCGUACCGCGAUGGCGUUGCAAGUAGCGAAUCUUUGGACUCGAGCUAUGUUUUCACAGGAGAUGGGAAUUGACGAUCUACCCCAGUCAUGCGCGUAUUUCUCUGCUGUUGAUAUUGAUAAGGUUCUAAGAAAGGAGGUGGAUAUGGAUUGCAUAACCCCUUCUCACCCAAACAAGAUACCACAUGGUGAAAGUUUGAAUAUCGAGAGCCUUCUUGCGAAAGGCGUCGAAGCAAAAUUGGAUCCUUCCAUCGAACCUACUGUUCCUCCCACUCCAGAAAAAUUCACCUACACCCCGCGAAAAUCCGUUAUGUCCUCCCUACAAAACUCCCAGGAUCAAAAUUUCAUCAAAGCCCAGAUUUGCAGUGAUGACAAAGAACUACGUGAAAUCAUCAAGGGCAUGAAUUCCCCGACAUCUCUGAAUUCGCCAUUUUCAACAACAAUACCGCGGCUUUCAACUCGAAAACCACGGACCAAAUCAACCAUACCCGUACACGCAGAGCCACAGAAGGCGAUUCUCAUGGAAGUGCAACCUGCGCUCCUGAACGGCAUGAAGAAUGCCACUAAUUUCACGAAAUCGCCUCAUUUAACUAAUUCUCAUCGAGUCGCCUGGAGGCCAAGACAUUCUUCGCCUGGUCUGUAA